AAUCGCGAACAACGCGGACAAAAUGCUGGAGGAACCCAGCAAGUCCGGCAGCAUCUCCCACCAGAGUCCUGAGGAAGGGUCUCAGCCCGAAAUGUCGGCUGUUUAUUCCCACCAUUGAUGCUGCCUGAGUUGCUGAUUUCCGUCAGCAUUGAGUGUGUAUUGUGUCAGAGAGAGUGAGUUAAAGGAGCGGGCGGCUUAGACCAGUGUCACUGUGUUUGUGAGUCCUAACACAUCGUAGGAUUUCUCAGCAGCUCCUGUAGAAAAUGAAAAGAUUUUUCUGUUACGGAAACGCCCCACUCCCCAGAUCAUUCCCGAAGAGGGAAUUAACCGCAAAGUUUUAAUUCGAUUAAAUAUUUCAGCCAUAAAACAGAGAAAAGGUCAACGAUAGGGAGAGAGAACGCGGGCAAUGCAGUAAUGAAACGGGUUAAAAUAGAAAGCGCUGCCUUUAAUCCCGAUUAAACUUUCUUUCCAGCGAACAUUCCGGCCUCAGGGACGGACAGGUACUAGUCCGAGUCUCCGCAGCGUCCGAUUUGAAUUGGAAUCGGCGAGUUUUUGAGGAGAGAGAAACACAGAAAAAUGAAGCCGCCGGGAGCUGACAGCAGGAUGUCUCCGCCCCGUCCGCUCGCUGCCUUUAAAUGGCUCUGUGCCGCCGCCUUUCGCUUCAUUUCUCAUUCAGUUCUGAUUGUGAGAAGGAUUUACCAGAGUCGCCGACAUGACUGAGACAGCACCCGCCGAAACGGCUCCUCCAGCCGCACCCGCCGCCGCAAAGAAGACUCCCAAGAAGAAGGCGGCUGCCCGGAGCAAACCAACCGGUCCCUCGCUGGGCGAACAGAUCGAUAAGAUCGUGGCGGGUUGUCUCGAUAGGAAGGGUAUGUCCGGUGUGGCCAUCAUGAAGGCUCUGGCCGACAGCGGUGUCGAUGUGGCGAAACGUCGCCACCAGGUCAAAAUGAGCAUCAAGAGGAAAGUGGAAAGCGGCUCCUUGGUUCAGGCCAAGGGCUCGGGUAUUUCGGGAUCCUUUAAAUCCGGUAAAGGGAAAACUGCCGUGAAGGUGGUGAAGAAAGCGAACAAGCCAGCGGCAAAGAAAUCUCCCGACAAGAAGCUUGGCGCCAAGAAACCAGCGGCUAAAAAAGCGGGAGCAAAGAAACCAGCGACUAAAAAAGCGGGAGCAAAGAAACCAGCGGCUAAAAAAGCGGGAGCAAAGAAACCAGCGGCUAAGAAAGCGGCAGCAAAGAAACCCGCGGCUAAGAAAGCGGCAGCAAAGAAACCCGCGGCUAAGAAAGCGGCGCCGAAGCCCAAGAGCCCCAAGAAAGCCGCAGCCACGAAAACGAAGGCGGCCAAGAAGCCGAAGUCGAAACCCAAGAAGACAGCAGUCAAAAAAUGA